AUGACCUCCCGGAAAACACAGCAAGAGAUCGAUAAGACCUUCAAAAAGGUCGCAGAGGGUAUCCAAGCGUUCGAUGGGAUAUACGAGAAGAUCAAGUCGACAACGAAUGCCGCCCAGCGCGAUAAGCUCGAAGACAACCUCAAGCGGGAGAUCAAGAAGCUGCAACGAUUUCGCGAUCAGAUCAAGUCCUGGGCAGCAGGCAAUGAAGUCAAAGACAAGAGUCCGCUGCUCGAGCAGCGUAGAGCAAUCGAAACUUGUAUGGAACAGUUCAAGGCCGUCGAGAAGGAGAUGAAGACCAAGGCAUAUUCGAAAGAAGGUCUAUCAGCAGCAUCGAGGCUCGAUCCCCGCGAGAAGCAAAAAGUCGAAACGUGCGAUUUCUUGUCCAAUAUGGUCGACGAGCUUCAGCAGAAAAUUGAGGCGAUGGAGGCCGAGGAGGAGACGCUUCAUAUGCAAAUGAAGAAGGGCAAGAAGGAUAUUAACAAGUCAAAUCGGUUAUCGGAUAUUACACACCUUACGGAACGCCAUAAGUGGCACGUCAAUAAACUCGAGUUGUUGCUACGGGCGCUCCAAAACGGGAAUGUCGAAACGGGCCAGGUGCUCGAUCUGAAGGAGAGCAUAAAGUACUACGUCGAAGAUGGGCAUAACAUUGACUACUCUGGGGAGGACGAGACGCUCUACGAUGACUUGAACCUGGAGGUCGAUGCAGAGGGGCAGUUCGGACUGGGCGACAACGACCGGGUAUCGUCGCAAGAUACGCAGUCACUGCAGGACGACGAACUGGAAACGAAACCCAAGAGCAAGGGAGAGACUCCGGGGCCACGACGGUCAUCAACACAAAUGAAGUCACCUCUGCCCGUUCUCGCGACCCUACAUCCUUCCACGUCAACCAGCUCCACAAGCGGCAUGAAGCCCGCUCCUCCACCAACACGACUUCCCGGGGAAACCCUCAAGUACGCAUCCGCAGCGGCGGCGGCAGCUGCAAGUGACAAGAAUGGCGUUGGAAUCGCUCCUUUGCCCCCACCCCCAGGUGCCAGCCCUGCAUUUCCCGCAGCAGUUCCCGUGUCGAAGCCUUCCUCGGUCGCCUCGCCAAGCGUCGCGCCAGCACAGCCUACGCCUAAGCCUGCAUCAGCUGCCGCACUCGCUGCAGAGGAACGGUCACGGACGCCCGCCUUCAGUAGUCCUAAGGUGGCACCCGCACCCGCACCAGUCGUGGAGAAGAAAGAGCCUCCCAGCAAAGAGCCCAUUACUGCUGCGACAAAUGGAGAGACUGGCAAGCCGGAACAACGCGAUGCCGAAGAGUCGAUAUACCAUCUGCCUCCUGGGUUACAAGACCUGAUCCAAUCCUUCGAAGUGACCAAGAACCGCGCGUCUACGAACCCAGCACCAUCGGCCCAACGACUUCUAGCAGCAUCGCUGACGACUUGCCCGGAACCAGCCGACGCAGAGAAGCCUCGUCACUACAAACCGCAAAAUCCUUACAACACACCCCUCUACUACCCUCAAGAACCGCUUGCGAUAUUUGACGACCCGCGACUGUACGAUACGGGGCGGAUCGACACAGAUACUCUCUUCUACCUGUUUUAUUACCGACAGGGCACUUACCAGCAAUUCCUGUCCGCCAAGGCGCUCAAGAACCAAAGCUGGCGAUUCCAUAAGCAGUACCAAACGUGGUUCCAGCGUCAUGAGGAGCCCAAGGCGAUUACCGAGGAAUUCGAGCAGGGGACGUAUCGGUUCUUUGACUAUGAGAGUACAUGGAUGAAUCGGCGCAAGGCGGAUUUCAAAUUUGUCUACAAGUACCUUGAAGACGAGUUAUAA